UUGUAGACGAAAUAUUGGAUUAUUCAGCCAAAAAAGUGUGACUCGUCCUUUUAAAGCUACAAUGUUUUUUUCAACCUUUCAUCUCUUUCACUGUCUGCAGUUAUGAUAUUACGUCCAUGUCUCGCUUUCUUUCUAUUGACUGCGGCCUCUGGAUGUCCUUUCUUUUUAUUGAAAGAAAAACCUCUGGAUCAAUGUACAAAGAAAAGAUUGGAAGAAAUUCCAACAAAAGAAGAUAAAGAUUUCAAGACGUUAGGUCCACGCCAGUUUUCAAAAAACUUCCAAGGGAUUGUGGAACAAAACUUGGAGCCAUAUGUAUUUCUACAACUACGAUUGGAAGAUAUUGCUGAGAAAUCUGGCUUAUAUAACGUCUCACAGAACGAAACAGACGAAAUUCUUAAAAAACUUAAUGAAUCUCGAGAAGUGCAAGAUUUGUUGCUGAAAUGCAAUGAAUUCCAUACUGUUCCAGAAUGUAACAGCAGCAGCACCAAAUACAGAGCUAUAGAUGGUUCUUGCAACAAUCUGAAAUAUCCACUCUGGGGCAGUGUUCAUUCAACUACUGAUAGAUAUGUUGCUGCUUCUUAUAAUGGUGUGAGUGGAUUUCGAAAAUCAGUUUCCGGAGAAGAUUUGCCAAAUGCACGAAACAUUAGCAUAAAUAUGGAAAACAAGAAUGUUCCCUCCAAUCAAGUAUCCGCAUUUUUUUCUUAUUAUGGUCAAUUCUUGGUCCAUGAUCUUACCCUUGCUCCAGCUAUAGCUCGAAAUGGAACUAUAGUACCUUGCUGUGAAAAAAAUCCUGAUCGUAACUGCGUAGACAUUGAUAUUAGUCCUGACGAUCCUUUUUACCACCAGUUUGAAUUUUCAUGCAUACCAAUUNUAAGCUGGAGAUGCAUAAGAAAUGGAACUAUAGUACCUUGCUGUGAAAAAAAUCCUGAUCGUAACUGCGUAGACAUUGAUAUUAGUCCUGGCGAUCCUUUUUACCACCAGUUUGAAUUUUCAUGCAUACCAAUUACAAGAACAGCUCCUUAUCCACAAUGCAAUUUUGAUAAAAGACAGCAGAUGAAUAAAAAGACUUCAUUCCUGGAUGUUUCUGCUGUAUACGGAAGUAAUGAAAAAGAAGCUCAACAAAUGAGAGCAAAUGAUUCCUCCGGUAGACUACAAGUGCGUCAAACUCCUUUCGGUGAAAUACUGCCGCAUGCCUACAGCAAUGAAACACUCUUCUGUAUUAUCAAUGAAACUGAGAGGUGUUUCUUAUCUGGUGAUGAACGAAUAAACCAACAUACAAUGUUAAUCUUUGUGCACACACUGUUGGUCCGUUUACACAAUACUAUACAUGACAAGCUGCUCGGCCUGAAUCCUCACUGGGACAGUCAAAAACUUUAUGAUGAAACCAGGAGGAUAGUGAUUGCUCUUCAACAAAAUAUGGUCUACCAAGAAUAUCUACCGUGGAUAGUGGGACCAGAAAAUAUGAAGAAAUAUAAUCUAUCGGUCGAGGAUUCUUUGUACGAUGAAGAAACUAGUCCUCUGCUAUUCAAUGAGUUCGGCGCUGCAUCCUUCCGGUUGCACAGCAUGCUGCCCAAAACUGUGAGCACGCAUUAUCCGAAGAUAAGAAUGAGUCUCACAUACUCUCACUUCUGUCCAGUUUACAAUGGACAGUUGGACGCUUACAUCACUGGAUCGUGUGAAACCCCAUCUGAAAAGUUUGACCGUUUUAUAAAAACUGAUGUCAGAGACUACUUGCACAGACCACCUAAAGGAUCUUUCGGAGUGGACCUCGCUGCCAUCAACAUCCAAAGAGGGCGAGAUCAUGGACUCGCGAGCUACAUCGACGUGGUAGAAAAAUGCUCAGAGGGAAAAACUAGGAUUAAAACAUUUCUUGAUCUCGAAAACAGGAUGUCUGAAGAUAGUGUCACAUUUCUGAAGAAAAUAUACUCGGACGUAAGGGAUGUUGAAUUAUGGCUUGGAAUGACAGCAGAAACACCGAUUGAAGGGGGUGUGACAGGCCCUACUGCUACCUGUAUAUCAGCCAUUCAAUUUCAUCGUCUAAAAUUCGGUGACAGUUUCUUCUAUACUCAUAAAAAUGGAAGACAUCCAUUCACAAAAGAUCAAUUGGAAACCAUUAAAUCUUUCUCUGUGGCUCGCUGGCUUUGUGACACUACAAGAUAUGAUAAAGUUCGCAGACAUCCAUUGGCUGUACCUGGGAAGAAUAAUCCUGUCACAACAUGUCAAACAAUACAGCCUCUAGACUUGACACUGUGGAGAGAAGAAGUAUAAACGUUGUAAUACAUACGAUAAAAUGAAAUAAAAGAAAUUCUUUCCAUUGUGAAA